AUGGAAUUUAUCGCCAAAUGUGAUUUUGGUCCUGGCGCUAGAAAGACCCUACGAAAAGCCAAAUAUCCAGAAAUGGAAACUUGUUUGUAUGCUUGGUUUUGUACGCAACGAUCAAGGGACGUCCCAAUUUCCUAUGAAAUUUUAUCUGCCAAAGCAAGACAGCUUUACACUGAAACCUAUGGGAACGACAAUUUUAGAGCUAGUAGAGGCUGGAUAUUUAACUUCAGAAAAAGACAUGGUCUGCGUGCUUUAAAAGUAUGCGGCGAAAAACUGUCAAAUGAUCAAAGUACCGUCGAUCCUUUCCUUACUGCAUUCGCAGAGAAGAUAAAAGAAUUAAACCUCGGACCUACUCAAAUAUACAACGCAGAUGAAUCUGCGCUGUAUUGGAAGAUGUUGCCUGAGAAAACGCUGGUUCGUUCUCAGGAGAAAACCGCACCGGGUCGAAAAAUAAGCAAAGAACGUGUUACUUUUCUGGUAUGUUGUAACGCUGAUGGUUCACAAAAAUUGAAGCUGUUAGUGGUGGGCAAGGCAAAAAAUCCAAGGGCUUUUAAAAACGUAAAUCUUCCUGUAGAAUAUAAAUCAUCUGCCAAUGCAUGGAUGACUACAGCAAUUUUUUUAGACUGGUUUCAUUUCUCCUUUAUUCGUCAAGUCAGAAGUCAUCUGAGAAGCCUUAAUUUGCCUGAACGUGCUCUACUGAUCGUCGAUAACGCCUCUAACCAUGGGUCUACAGAAGAGCUGACUAGUGAGGAUGGACAAUUUACAACACUAUUUCUUUCACCGAAUUGUACAGCACUUUUGCAGCCUAUGGACCAAAAUGCAAUAAGACUGACAAAAUUAUUUUAUCGGAAACGUCUUUUAGCCCAUAUAUUAUCUAGUAACGAAGAAAACGUUGUUAAAUUGCUGAAAACCAUCAAAGGACGCUAUGUUUCGAAUAUGCUGAAUGUUCUCUCUGAACAAAAUCUCACGGAUGUGGAAAUAUCCAAUUGGAUUGAAAAUGAUGAGGAUUUGUUACCACUGGAAGACGUAGACUCGGACGUAGGUGGUAUAGAUGAACAACGCGAAAGUGAUAAUGAAGGUUCCGAGAUGAAUAAUACAAACCAGACUGUUAAGGUUAUUACGAAUGAUGAAGCAGUUAAGAGUUUUAAUGGUUUCGUACCCAAAGGAUGUACCUACUCUGCAAGAAAGAUUGCAACAGCUCAUGCAAGUCUGUUUCAAAUCAAAUCAAAUCUUUUUUGUUUGAACGAAGAUGACGAAUUAACUACUGAACAUGACGAUGAAAAGGAAGAACGAGGAGUGGAUAUUAUAGAAAGGCAUGUGCCCAAAAUAAAUUCUGAUACUGAAAAAUAA